UAUACCAGCCUCUGGUCACACCGACAGAUGACGCUCAAAUUUAAGCGGAAAACUCGAAAAAAAGCAACAAAAAUCAGACGCUACCACAAAAACAAGGCAAUAUCCAUUUAAAUAUCUGACCUAAAUCGAGAAACUCAUAGUUACCGCCGCCGCCAAGAUGCCGCGCACCAAGAUACCAAAGAACUCGAAGCGCAACCGCGAUGUGGCCAACCGCGAGGAGAAGGUGCGUCUGUACGAACUGAAAAUGGACUCGCGCCUGAUCAGCAUCGACUCCCUGGAGUCCAAGUACCUGGCCGCCGUCGACAGCCAGGUGAAGACGCUGCUCAGCCAGGUGCAGCGGGAACUGGGCGGCAUGAAAGUGCCCGAGAUGCUGCAACUGUUUGCCGAGCUGGACCACUUCAGUGACUUCAAGGCCAGCGAUCAGACGCAGCUGCUUGCCUCCAUGUCUAUGAGCUCCAAUACCACCGAUGGACAUGCCGCCGUAGCCACCACCGCCGUUGGAAGUCGCUAUGAUGAAGGCUACCUUACAGAGGACAGCAGCCUCGGGGCUAGCGGUGGCAGUAGCCUGGCCCCCCUAACCGGCUCGCUGCUGCGCUCAACGAAGGCCAUGCGUACGCCCGGACCCCUGCACUCGGCCAGGGCUCGCCGUGCACGCCGUAGUCAAUCCGCUUGUGGGGAUCUCAAUAUCCUCCAUUCGGCGAAGCCGCCGCCAAUUUCCAGCGCGGCAACAGGAACUCGUCAUUCACGCAGCAAAAUGCGUACACCGAUGGCUUCGCGCACAAAGGCCUUCAGUGCCGAUCGCACACCACUCGCGCAGAAGCAAAUGCGCGCGGGAUCGCCUACGACUCCGCCAAUGGCAUUCCUACGCUAUCCAAAGCCCGGCGAGGUGGCACUCUCCAAGUUCGGUAGCCCCAUGGUGGCUCAAGUGAUGCCAGACAAGUUCGCCAAUGUGAACAUACCCAUCCGGAACGGAGUGCUCAACCUGAGGCCCAAGAAACUGGAUGCCGGCGAGGUCGAGCUGAAUCUGUUGGAGAAUCUGGACGAGGACACCUAUAACCAAAUAAAAACGCUGCACGAGAAUUUGCAAAUGAUUGUGAAUAAGGCCAGCCAGGCGGGAUUCAAAUAGUUGCCAAUUUUAAAUCCGUACUCCUAGGAUAUAACUCUAUAUCAUAUAUAUACAUUAUUUUAGUAUGUUUCGUUUAAGUUCAGUUUUGCAUAUUUCUCGUUUAGUUCAAGUGUAUUUUCGUUUAUUCAUAUAUUCCCAUGUACUUUCUGUAUGCCAUAAGAUUUUUUAAUACAAGUUUAAAAUACAAUGUUUCAUUAAUGUGACA